AAAGUCCGCUAUACUUUCGUUGUCUCAUCUUUGAUGACUUUUUGCGUGUUAUUGUGUGCAAGAUGAGCACCGACCUGCCCUUCACCUCGCGCCGGUCGCCCGUCGUGUGUCUGCACGGCUGCGUGGCGGCCAGCCAGCCUGCAGCUGCAGCCGCGGGACUGGAUGUCCUGAAGCGCGGGGGCAACGCUGCAGAUGCAGCAGUUGCCGUAGCAGCAGCUCUUGCGGUAACUGAGCCUUGCAGCACCGGUCCUGGUGGUGAUGCUUUCUGCUUGUUCUACAAUGGAAACACCGGAGAACUCAGAGGGAUUAACGGCAGUGGUCGUUCCCCUAAAGCUCAGACCCUCGACUUCCUGGAAGGGCGUGGCUACACGGCCGAGGCCCCUCCUUCAGAUUUUGAUGCUUUGAAUGCUACUGUACCAGGAGCCCCUGCAUGCUGGUGUGAUACUGUACAACUGUUUGGAAGUCAAAAGCUGUCCUUGCAGGAGGUCCUGAGUGGGGCGGUGGAGCUGGCAGAGGUGGGGUUUCCUGUUGCCGAGGUAACAGCGUACCAGUGGGCGUAUUGGGUGGCCAGUCUGAGGGAUGCUGGGAAAGAACUGGAUGGAGUCUUGCUGAUUGAUGGUCAAGCACCCAAAUGUGGACAAGUAUUCAGAAACGCUGCGCUGGCUAGAACCCUAAAGGAGCUUGGUGAACAUGGUAAACCAGCUUUCUACCAUGGCAGAGUGGCCCAAGCCAUCGUUGACGUUAUCAAUCAGAAUGGAGGGGUCAUGACCUUGGAGGACCUCAGCAGCCAUGACAGUGAGGUCGUAGAACCUAUAAGCACGGAGUACAAGGGUGUGCGCCUGUGGGAACUUCCUCCCAACAGUCAGGGACUGACCGCCCUGCUGCUGCUUAACAUCCUGGAGAACUUUCCUGAGCUUAAAGCUGUAGGACAUAAUAGCUCUGACUACAUCCAUGUGUUUGUGGAAGCUGUGCGUUUGGCAGUGACAGAUGGUCUGCGUUACCUUGGUGACCCAGACCACGUGACCGUCCCUUUGGAAACCUUACUGGACAAAAGCUACAGCUGCCAGCGAGCACAGCACAUCAGCAUGGAGAGGACCAUGGAGGGGGUGGAGCCCGGCCCAAUGACAGGAAGUGACACGGUGUAUUUCUGUGUGAUUGACAACCAGGGAAAUGCGUGUUCAUUUGUCAACAGCACCUACAUGGGCUUUGGGACGGGACUGGUCCCAAAGGACUGCGGAUUCUCUCUGCAGAAUCGUGGCGCCAACUUUUCACUGCGUCGCGGCCACAGAAACUGCAUAGCUGGGGGGAAGCGGCCGUAUCACACCAUAAUCCCAGCGCUGCUCACCGACUCCAAAACCGGCUCACAGAAGCCACAACUUCUGGCAGCGCUCGGGGUGAUGGGAGGUUUCAUGCAACCGCAAGGACACAUCCAGGUGUUAUUGAACAUGUUGGAGUUCGGCAUGAAUCCUCAACAGGCUCUGGAUGCACCGAGAGUCUUCGUGCAUUAUAACCUCAAAACUGCUCAGUGGUUGGUCCAUCUGGAGGAAGGGAUCCAGCAGGAGGUGGCGGAGGAGCUGAGGAGACGAGGCCACCAAGUCAACUGGCCGGUCACAGGCCGCAAGAGGUCUCAGUUUGGGCGGGGACAGAUCGUUACGGUGGGCGACUGGUGGAAUCCGUCUCAGGUCAAGUGUCCUUCCAGAGUGCUGUGGGCAGGAUCGGAUCCCAGAGCAGAUGGAUGUGCUCAAGGAUACUAGGAACAUACGAGGACAAUGUCCUCUAAAUCAUACAGCUUUGAUAUUUUGAAGUGAUCUGUUAAAAGUAAUCAGAUAACCGAUUUGAAGUCACCCUCAUGAAGUGCCUUAAGUGCAGAAAUGUUCUGCAGAGAGGAGAAGUCAGAUAGCGUGACUGAAGUCAUCAAAGAGCUAUCUGUGCAAAACAAGAACUGCUCCUCCGGUUGAGGAUAUACGGUGCUAUUUCAAGGUCAAGGAUGAGCAACAUAUAUCAAGUUUUAGAUAAUGAGUUAUGUAAGCGUGAAGAGUUGCAGCUCUGUUUUCCCUUUCCCUUAGAGCUGUAACUCAUAUUGUAACUAGGGACCACCUUAAGGAAAAAAAAGAGAGGGGUCGGCAGAGUGCGCUUCAGAGCGGUAGGAGAUUGUAA